AUGAAUCAAUUUGGAAAUUUACCUCCUCAGAAGAUUGCGAAAAUAAAUCAAGAUUUUAUGUUGGGGUAACAUCAAUAUAGCAUGCAAAAAAACUGUUUAAAGAAAUGCAUUCCUGAAUAUAAGACAGCUGAUUUGAGCAAUGGAGAGAAAAACUGCGUAGAUAGGUGUGUUUUCAAAUACUAUGAAGCGAAUGAGCAUUUAAGCAAGCUCUUUUCUCAAGACAAAUUGGCAAGCGCUUAA